UUGCACCCUGUCGGCAGUACAGAGGGUGCAAUAUUGAUUUCCUGAUAGUCCAAAAUGGCGACGUGGGUGGCACACGCGCUCAAUCUUUUCCUUCUUUUGCUGACUUUUAACGGCAAUCCUGGGCACACAGCAAAGACAUUUACAUUUCCAGAAUAUCCGUACAAAGAGACAAGUAAAAAUGAACUGAUGUUCCGUGAGUUUGAACAAGCUUGCGAAGAAAGUGGUGCUUGCAAGACACUGUCGCAGCCCAGAAGCAGCGUUGCUAAGAUACGAUGUAUACGAGAGUGUGUGUCACCCUCUUGCUACAGAGAACUUUAUCUUUUUGAUCAGCUUGAAGAAGGUGAAAUAGAUGUAAGAUUGAACUCCUUCAAGGGGUGCUUUAUGCAACGAAAUGGAAGACCAAAAAAAUAGCCCGAGGGAAGCGAGAAAAAAUCUCGCAUUAAAAAUCAAAGAUCCAUUAGAACGGCGGAUCGGUUGUUACUGUAAAGAAGACUAAGUCAAGUAUCAGGGUCCAAUUAAUAUAGCUCAGCACUUUCUUCUUAUACUUAUUACUUAUACUAUUGUUAUUAAUAAAUAAUAUUAAAACGAUUGUUAUUGUUAUCGGUGCGCACAAAAUAUUUGAAUUUUCACUUAUCUUCGAUAAAAGUUUAAAAUAUCGAAUUUUUCUAUUGACAAUUAUCUAAUAUAUAAUAGUAAUAACGCUCAGAAAAAAAUAGUUUUAAAUAUAUUACUCUUUUAUAGUAACUACGGCUAGUUACAGGCUCAUUAUCACACGUCCACACGUCUCUAUCUCAAUUUAUUAAAAUUUAUUAUAUACGAUACGAUAUAAUAUGUAAUUUCUCUUCUUCUAUUAAAUCCUCAGCAUAUACGCGUCAGCGAGGCACACAUCAUAUACGCGAGAUAAAACGUACUAAUCCCGUUUCAAGAAUAAUCCAUUAAUCCACAAGAAUAUUAACGAAUAUUUAAUAUUCAACAACCAUGAGUUUAAAAAACAUAAAGAAAUUUUUUACAAAUAUUCUUCAAAUAAAAUAUAAUUUUUUUUAUAAUAAAAAGCGAUUACUAUCAUUAAAAUUUGUACAAUCACUUUUUCAUAGCUAAUGCAUUUACUAUAACUAGU